CGUCCCUUGAAACGCGUGCGAGUUCCAAGUGCGCCGCCUUUCCGCCCGGACCCUCCGAGCACGUUUUUUCCCCUCUCGUCGUACUAUUCGAUCGUCUUGUUUUGCCGUUUUUCAUGAACGUGUGUGUUUUCACUUUUCCUGCUUUUAUUUACGCGAUGCACACCACUUUAAAAAUCACGCACUGCCAGUGGCAGUAAUAAUUAUCGUUUUAUCGCGCACGUUUUGCGGGUUUGCAAACUUCACUGAAAUGAGCGUCUAUCGCGAAAACAUAGAACGAUUACGAAACUAGCCUGAAAAUAUAAAACCAUCCGUAAUUCAUACGAAAAGUAAGACAAAACUAUUUUUGAAAAGAACACUCAUCGAUUUCACAGAUUUUCUCCGGUCCCCGAUGGCGGACCGGCGAGUGACGUGGUACGUGGCCACGCUGUCUGCAAUUAUAAUUUCCGUCGCUGCUGGAAUAGGUAACAAAGGAGGUCUUAUCUUAACCAAGUUAGUCAUACCUCAAUGGGCGGACUUGAGAAGUUCAGUGACGCUGUACUGCCAAUUCAACACGGGUGGCGACAGUCUGUAUUCUGUAAAAUGGUACAAGGACGAUCACGAAUUCUUCCGGUACACGCCCGGAUUGAAUCCACAGACGCUCGUAUUUGGUGUGGACGGCGUAAACGUGGACGAGAGUAAGUCUUCCGCCACUGAAGUGACGCUGUUCCCGUUGACUAGGACGAGCAAUGGCAAUUACAAGUGUGAAGUAUCUACAGAUGCUCCGAAUUUCCCAACAGUCGUUGAAGACGCCAAUAUGACAGUCAUCGCAUAUCCCGAGGAUGGUCCUAGGAUAGAAGGACUCCGGCAGAUCUACUCAAUAGGUGAAUUCUUAGAAGCCAACUGUACAGCCAAAAUGACAUUUCCCAUGGCACAUGUCACUUGGUACAUCAACAAUUUAGAGGUGGAUGGUUAUCUGCUCGAGCGUUACACUCCCGAGGUAUCUGAAGGGCCGUUCUACAAUUCCACGUUGGGCCUGCGGUUUCCUCUUAAAAAGGAAUGGGUGGAUAUGCACAAAAAACAGAUGUACGUCAAAUGCACUGCAAAGGUGGCUGGAGCAGAGACCAAGACAGACGAGACGAGUGUGCGGCUGCGACUCGUACCCGAUCAGACACUAUCGCAGGAGAGACACAUUCUUAACGCUGGCGCUGACAUCAACAACCAAUGUGUCAUAAUAUUGAUCAUAUCCGCUGUAUAUUACUACAAAGUAUACAACUAAGUUGAAGGUUUAAGUAAAAGCUUGUUUAAAUACCAAAGAUAAAAACACAUUAAAUUUAUAAUCAAUAAUGUGCAAUUAGGAUGAAAAACUUUUCUUUUUUUUUUGUAAAAUGGCAUUUUUUCUUUGUUGUUGCCUAGUUGUCUUGGACCCCACCGCAUAAUAAUGGUCUGAACUUCAAAUACAAAAAUAUUCCUUGUUCGGAGUGAAUUCGUGUAUACAAACGUGGUAUCCGUGGUAUCAAUUAGAGAGUUCGUACUAUUUUUUCAAAGAGCUUUUUAAACUUUUUAUUGAAAGUUCAGGCUUUUGUGUGGGACCGUUAAAAGGCUCACCACCUUAUUAACCUUUAAAUAAUAAUAAUUCGGUUUGAAGUUUUUUUUAAUUUUUUUUUCCACCAACGCGUAAGAAACAAAAACGUGUUUGAUGUAAGUUGAGCGUUAUAAAAAUAAUUCCAUAUUUUCCAUUUUUUUUUUGCCACAUUGUAUUUAAAUGUUUUGCAAUGAGCAAACACGGUGGUGCUGAUUAUCUCCUACCCCUUUAUACCUUCCCCUAUUUACCUUUAUACUUUCAUAUAAAUUAAUUCGGCAUCUUAAAAGCUUCGGGGUUUGUGAGUACUAGUCAACAAGUAUGGCAAGUGUCUUGGUUGUCGUUUAUCUUUUGUGUAAAUACUAUUUAUCGUUGUUCCGUACAACUAGUUAUAUAUUAUAUUUAAUAAUAAAUUACUUAUAUAAAUUUA